AUGUUAAGCUCUUUCCCAUGGGAUCCCAAGGAGAAAACAACAGGAAUUGUAGGUUCCUUGUCUGCUAUUGAUGAGGCUGCUUCUCCUGAGAAAUAUUAUUCAAGUUCUUUUUAUAUCUCUGUUUGUAAAGGAACACUGUUCUUGUCAAAUCAGCUAAAGAUUAUCAAUGGGACAUCACGAUUUUACAUGGGCUGCUCCUCCAAACAAGGGACGAGAGCAGUUUCUGCAGUUGCUCUACAGGAUCAUACAAUAAACAGUCAUCAGCUUCAGGAUCCUUUAUUAACAGAUUCUUCUAAGUAGAGGACAAGGAAUACCAAGAACUUUUACAAACCAUGAAUAAAAGAAAUAGUCAGAAUAAGAGUAGCUACUGGACUAAGAAAAAAGAGCAAAAGCAAGGAAGAUGCAGAAAAGGAGUAUCUUCUUGACCCCAGUUCUCCACAGCUAACAUUAGCUCAGAAAUCAGUAGUUGAGCAUCCUUCCUUGACACUUCCUGCUGAAGAACGGGUCAAAAAAAAGCAGAGAUACACACAGCAUGGAGAAUCCAUACAGCCUUGUGCAAUAUUCAGGGAAGAAUUUGCAAUUCAAGCUAUGUUUCGGUCAUAUCUGAAAACCUUUGAAAAAUUUACAGGUAAAAAUUGUCCUAUGUGUAGAAAAGAGCACUAUCAGACCAGAGUAAUACAUGAUAGGAGUUUCCUCUUCUUGAGCAGAAUUGUGUCUUAGAGAAUUCAAGCUUCCUGGAGGGGAUACAUUGUUAGAAGAGAUUAUAAAGACUUGAGAGACCCAGUGCCUCCUAAGGAUAGAAAAUUAAGAAAGCAAUUAUUUGACAAAAAGUUAUGUUGUAUUUGCUUCCUUGGUCUCUUUCCUUGGUGUGAUUCAGCUUUCUUAAACCAGAAUUCCUAA